AUGGCAAGAAAUAGAAACGCUCCGGCACUUUAUGGAGAAUGGGAGUUUUCAGGAAAACUUCCCUUGAAGAGAGAAAAAGUGAAAGAGAAAGUUUGGAAGAUUGAAGAUGUACUUCAAAGUAGAGGGGCUGGUGAAGAGGAGGAGGUAUUGGUAAAAUGGUCUGACUGGGAUGGCCCAAAUACUUGGGUGAGGUUACAGUUUAAUCCAGAACUGCAUUCAUACCUCCACCUCAACAGGGCCAAUCCAAACAGUUGUACUUUGGUAAAGGUAGCCCUCACAAAAAGUACACCUGCAAAAUUUUCUGUGAACUCAGAUUGCAUGGCUCUUCGCCAAGUAAUCUUUGACAGUUUGGCAGACGUCAGGUAUACCCCGGAUGGCAGUAUGGGUCGCCAAAAUAGAAUAACUGUCAAAUUACCAUUUCGGGAAGAGGAGUUUGAUGCCAAUUUCAGGGUUCUAGGUCUCGAAAAGAUUUCUGCCAAUGAAAAGGGCAAUGUUGAUUGCCAUAUUGCUGGUCAGGAUCUUACUCGUGCCCUAGGCCCUGGUUGGGACUCAAGAUGCUACCACACAUCAACUCAGACCUAUGUAUCCUUCAAAGAAUUGAUCCAUCUCUCUUGGGGAUAUAAACAAAGGACUAAUUUUAGCCACUUAGCUUGUCAACGAUGUCACUUUGAUGGUGAGAACGAAACAGCAAGACCAGAUAUGUGCUCUCCCAUUGAAGAAGUUGUAGUUGGACCACCAUGGCUGCAGUUAACAUUCACCCGGGGUAGAAAGAAUAUGGUUACUGGUGACAUAUCUAAAAGA